CAGGCAUUUUGUGAGAGGUUAACCAACAUCAACAAAAAGUUCUGUAGUUCCUCCGGACUCGUUCAGUACUUGAUCACCAUCAUAAUCACAACAGCCUCAUUUAUCCUUCAAGCCAACAGAAGGACCAUUAAUCAGCUUCACAAGAUCCACUGCUAUCAAUAACUCAUUUGCUUUUAGUAAUAUUUUAUCUCUUCAGAAGAGGGUUGAGCCAUGGAGUCUGUGACAAUCCCUGUACUAGUUGCUGGACUUAUUGAUUGUGUAGCCCAGUUAAUAAGAAUAGCUGAGGAUCUGUUGCAGUUUAUCUCACAGGAACAGGUUCCCUCUGUACAACAGAAUGCUGCAGCAGAAGAGGCAGAAGCAGUUGUGCCUCCUCCUGAGGAAGAUACCCUACCGGAUCUUGCUGAUCUUUCUGAUUUAGAAUCAAUACUCUCAGUAAAAGACGAUGAAGACCUAAUCCUUGAUAUGGAUGAAGCUAUGAUAGAUGUGAAUGAUAUCUGUGAGGAUAUACUCCCUGCAAUAAAGGAUGAUACACAAAGUGAGUAAGAUUCAGCAUGUGAAAAACAUAAUUUUUCUUUUUCAAAUAUGUUCUAUAUUCUAGGCUUU